AUGCAAGUUCCAGAACAAGAAGGCAAAAUAAUUAAUCAGCUUGAAAAGAUACUCACCGCUGCAUCUAGUUUAUAUGAUUCUCGAAAGGAUCAAAUAAACUCCGAUAUUUCAUACUUAGAAAAUGUAUAUAAAAUAAUGACUGGAUUGACAGCUUCUCUUGGAUUUAAAUCAGAUAACCCAUUUCUUAUGCAUUCGUUUUAUUCUCUUCCUGCUGGAAUUGCAUUUGAAGAAAUGUAUAAAAGUUUUAAUAAUAUCGCGUCUAACAUUAACAAUGAAGCUCUUCCUGGACUUAAAAAGUGUGUAUCCCAGUUGACAUCUUCAAAGCAAAAGGUUUCAAACAAUAUUAAGCAAAAUAUGUAUACUCUUCGUAAAAAUGCUGCCAAAUACUACGAAACAGCAACUGGAAUCGCAAAAAGUCGUGAAACAUUUUCCAUUUUGGACAAUCUCGACAACCAAUACAUACAUGGAAACCAAUCUCAUUCUUCAUAUAUGACAUUAUUGCAGACAAUUAUCGAAGUCGAAGACGCAACUAAGGCAGACCUCAAUGAGCAAGAGAAAUUGCUUGGACAGAUAAAAGAAACAGAAGCAUCCAUCAUAGAAAAAUCAUGUCAAACAAUUUCGACCGGUCUUCCAUUCUUAAAAGAUAUUCCAAACAAAAAACGCGAAUACCAAGAUACUGAAGAAGUUCCACAUUGGAGAAAUAUUAUAUUACAGGUUUUCCUUGAACUAAAAACAACUCAUACGAUUAUUCCUGUUUCCCCUCGCGAAUCAGCCGGUUUCGACUGGAUGUCGUAUGGAAAGAUGACUCCAUUCUAUGCCCGCGUUUGGGAAGACCAUACGAAAGCAAAUAAUGACGAAAUUGAUUUGACUCGAAAGGAAACAGUCAAAGUUUUACAAGUUGACUAUGGAAAUUAUUGGGUUGUCCAGAAAUCUGAUGAAUCUACUGGCUUGGCUCCUUGUACCAAGUUACAACCUGUUGAAUAA